AUGGGAGAAUCUCUGUUCAGGAAUAGUCUGAAAUGGCUGCUUUCUUUUCUUAUAGUCUCACAAGUCCAUGCUUUCUAUAUUCCGGUCUACUCCGAUAAUACGCAAUUGCAAUAUGCCUACUACGAUCUCCCUUUUGUCUGCCCACCCACGGGGAAAAGCCACGGUCCGGGUUUGCUAAGCGGCCAGAGCAUCUCGCUCAACCUCGGAGAAGUUCUUCGCGGCGACCGAAUCAUGACCUCAGACAUCGACCUUACCAUGGGACGAGACAAGGAAUGCAGUUUUCUUUGCGACAAGGUAGUUACAAGAAAAGGUCUAAGGAGGGCUAAGGAAUUGGUGAGGGAAGGAUACGUGGUAGAAUGGAUCGUGGACAAUUUGCCCGGCGCCACAAGCUUCGUGACCGUUGACAAGUCAAGGAAAUAUUACGCUGCUGGCUUCAAACUCGGAUUUACGGAUUACUCGUCGAGCACGGGAAAGCCGCGCUACUUCCUCAACAACCACCAUACCAUUGUGAUUCGAUACAGAACAGCGCCAGGUCGAGCCGGUGAGAAAGGAGGCAAAGUGGUUGUAGGCUUUGAGGUUUAUACCAAGAGUAUCGGUCCAGACGUCAAGCGAGAAAACGGUUGCCCCGUCGGUCUUCACGAAGUUGAGGAUCGCUUCGAACUCUACAUCGCCCCAAAUAAGACGACCGAUUUCCAAACGCAGUAUGCUCAUUCAUCAUACCAUCCCGCGGCGAUUGAAGAGGGCGAUGAUGACGAUACCAUCUCCAUCCCGUACUCCUAUUCCGUAUACUUCCGCGAAGACGAGUCGAUCGAAUGGAACCGUCGUUGGGAUCUGUACUUUGUCAACUCGGAGGAAGGCUCUAGAAUCCAUUGGCUAGCAAUUAUCAAUUCCCUGAUCAUCUGCGGUCUGCUCACCGGCAUUGUCCUCAUGAUAUUAGCCAAGACGAUCAGAUCCGAUAUCAAGGGAUACAAGGAAGUGUCUAUCGAAGAUGGCAAGUUGCGCAAAGGAAAGCCCGCCAAACGUAGUCCCAAGUCCGAAAAGACAGGGUUGGGUGUCCUCGAGAGAGACGGCGAUGUGGAUGUGGAAAUCGAGAUUUCAUCUGAUGAUGAAGCGCUAGAGGAUGUCCCAGGCUGGAAACUUUUGCAUGCGGAUGUGUUCAGGAAACCCGCGUACGGCCACCUUCUCGCUCCACUCGUUGGGUCGGGUAUGCAGCUCCUUUUUAUGGCCGUAGGCUUGGUCCUACUGAGUGCCAUUGGCAUUUUGAACCCUAGUUUCCGUGGUGGUUUCCUCAGCGCUGGCUUUGGUCUUUUUGUUUUUGCGGGCGUCUUCUCUGGUUAUUUCUCUGCAAGAGUUUACAAGACUUUCGAUGGGAAAGACUUUGGGAAGAAUGCGCUGGUUACGGCGUUCCUGUUCCCCGGUCUCUUGUUCGGCCUAGUCUUCAUACUGAAUCUCUUCGUCUGGGCGCAAGCUUCUAGCACUGCCAUACCAUUUGGUACCUUGAUAGCUAUUGCGCUCCUGUGGCUUUGCAUCCAGGUCCCGCUAGUUUAUCUGGGCUCUUGGUACGGGUUCGUCCGCACCGGCGCCUGGGAACAUCCCACUAAAACUGCGAGCAUCCCCCGCCAAGUCCCCAACCAAGCUUGGUAUGCCAAGAAGUUGCAGUCGAUCUUUCUUGCAGGUCUAGUCCCGUUUGCUGUCAUCUUCAUCGAGCUCCUCUUCGUCUUCCAGUCGGUAUGGCAGGACAAGAGCGGAUACUACUACGUCUUCGGUUUCCUGGCUGUUGUUCUCGUCAUCUUGAUUUUAACCAUUGCUGAGGUCACGGUUGUUACCAUCUAUGUCCAGCUCUGUUCCGAGAACUAUCACUGGUGGUGGCAGUCUUUCUUCGUGGGCGGCGGAAGCGCCAUAUGGGUGUUCCUGUACAGCAUCUGGUACUACUUCGCCAACCUGCACAUAUCGGGCUUCGUAAGUUCCAUGCUGUUCUUCGUAUACAGCUUCAUGGCGUGCUGCGUGUAUGGGCUUCUUACUGGCACCGUGGGAUUCCUGACGGCUUAUGCAUUCGUCAGGAGGAUUUAUGGUGCUAUUAAGGCAGACUAA